AUGGGGGAGUACAAUCGAAUCCUCUACUUCCUCUUAUGGUUUCUGAGUCUUCAGUUUUGUUCUUCAUCACCAUUUCCCUCAUUUUCAGCCAAUAAAUCAGUGCAGUCGUGCUUCCAUUAUGACAGACUUGCCUUGAUCGAAUUCAAAAACAACUUUUCACUAAAUAGUCGUGCUUCCUCCAAUUGUCCGACUUCUUAUCCAAAGACAAAUUCAUGGAAAGAAGGCAGUGAUUGUUGUUCUUGGAAGGGUGUUACUUGUGAUAUUGUCACUGGACGAGUGAUUGGGCUCGACCUCAAUUGCAGUUGGCUUCAAGGAUCUCUAAAUUCUAACAACAGCAUCUUCCAACUCUCACACCUCCAUAAACUCAAUCUUGCUCAUAAUGAUUUUAAUCGUUCUGAGAUUUCUUCCAAAUUUGGUAACUUUGAGAAUUUGACACAUCUUAACCUCUCUGAGUCCGGCUUUUCAGGAAAGGUUCCCUCUGAAUUCUCUUACCUGUCCAAAUUGAUUUCUCUUCAUAUCUCUUUUUUGAAGAUUGAAGAAGCUACACUGAGAGGAUUUCUUCAAAAUUGCACUGUCCUGCAAGAACUUUUUUUCGAGGGUGUGGACAUGGCUUCAGUAAACCCAGGUUUGUUAAUGAAUGUCUCAUCAUCUUUACAAUCUUUGCAUAUUGAUUUUUGUCAAUUGCGUGGGAAGUUUCCGGAGAACAUUCUCCUCCUACCAAACCUCCAGUUAUUGCAGUUAACAGGCUUGAGUGUCGAUUUGCCAAUGUCUAAUUGGAGCACACCUCUGAGGGACCUACAACUUUCUUUCUUAGAUUCCACGAGAGAGCUUCCUGAAUCAAUAUGCAAUCUGACGUCCUUGAACUCUUUGGUUUUUUAUGAAAGUAGUUUCUCAAAAUCGCUAAUUCCUAAUUGCAUUGGAAGUCUAACACACCUCAUCCAUCUGAGCAUGGAAUCUAACAACCUCUGUGGUGGGAUACCAUAUUCACUUUCAAACCUCACAAAACUUGAUUUCUUAUCUCUUUCUAGAAAUAAACUGGUAGGCCCAGCUCCUGACUUGUCCAAUCUUUCCAAACUAGUUUUCUUAGACUUAUCUGCCAACUCACUUAGUGGAACCAUAUCAUCCUCCUCCUUUUCCUUCUCAUCAUUGCAAUAUUUGUACCUUCAAAAUAACCACUUCACCGGAGGAAUAGAAGACUUUCAAUCCAAAUCAUUGAGGGAAAUUGACAUGAGUUACAAUAAGCUGCAAGGUCCUAUUCCAAAUUCAAUCUUUCAUCUCUCUAAAUCAUUGGAGUAUAUUGACAUGAGUAAUAAUAGGCUGCAAGGUCCUAUUCCGAGUUCCGUCUUUGGUCAAAUUAACCUUACCACCCUCUUCUUGUCAUCAAAUAACUUGACUGGCGUGGUUUGGAAUGACGACUUCUUGAAGCUCAAAAAUCUUGAAUGGCUUGACCUCUCAUCUAAUAGUCUUUCACUUUUGAACACCAAAGCAAACCACAAAAACACCUUGUUCCCCAAUCUGCGAAAGGUACACUUGCGUUCUUGCGAAAGAAUUCCAUGGAAGAAUCUAAACGAGCUUGACCUUCACUCCAACUUGCUUCAAGGACAGCUACCAGUUCCCUCAUUUGAAAAAUUGACAUUCUUUCGAAUCUCUGCCAAUUUUUUGACCGGAGAAAUUCCUACUUCAAUUUGCAAUUUGACUAACAUGCUCUUCCUUGAUAUUUCAAAAAAUUCCUUGUCCGGUAUUAUUCCUGAGUGCAUUGCAAACUUAACCAACAAUCUUGCACUUUUACAUCUACAAAAUAAUUUAUUUCAUGGAAAAAUUCCAAGCGUAUCAAGUGAAUACUGUAACUUGAUGAGUCUCAACUUCAAUGGCAAUCAAUUGGAAGGGCCUUUACCAAUAUCUCUUGCAAAUUGCAAACGUUUGGAAAUUUUGAAUGUUGGGAACAACAUGAUAAAUGAUACAUUCCCUAGCUGGUUGCAAAUUCUCCCACAACUACGACUUCUUGUUUUAAAAUCCAAUCAAUUUCGUGGUUCGAUUCUUGAUUAUAAGGCACAUCAAUCGUUUCCAAACUUACGAAUAUUUGAUAUAUCCAACAAUGAUUUUGUGGGUCCUUUGCCAAUGAAAUAUAUCAAGAAUAUGAAGGCCAUGAUGCAAGCCGAAGAUUUUCCUGAUGUAGUGCAAUACAUUGGAGGUGAAUAUAUGAUCAACGAAAAUUCUGUGAUUUUGAUGAUCAAAGGAUCAGAGUACGAGUUGUCGAAAAUAAUAACAACCUUCAAGGUCAUCGAUUUUUCUAAUAACAAAUUUGAAGGAGAAGUUCCGCAAGUCAUUGGGAAUCUUUCUUUACUCAAAGGCCUCAACUUUUCACACAACCUCCUUAGUGGCCACAUUCCAUCGUCAAUGGGAAAUUUGACAGAGCUUGAAUGGUUAGACUUUUCCUACAACAAGCUCAUAGGCAAGAUUCCUGGGCAAUUGGCAAGUCUAACAUUUCUUUCACAGUUAAACCUCUCUCAUAACAAGCUCGUUGGACCCAUACCCCAGAGUAGGCAGUUCGACACAUUUGACAAUAGUUCCUACGAAGGGAACUCUGGGUUGUGUGGAUUUCCAUUGUCAAAAACUUGUGGCAAUAAUGGUGCUCCACCACCACAAGCACAACCAUUGCCUGGUGAAGAGGAUGAUUCUGGAAGUUGGUUUGAUUGGAAGAUCAUAGCGAUGGGUUACAGUUCUGGAUUGGUUAUGGGAUUGUCUUUGGGAUAUAUUGUUUUCUCUGGGAGACCACAAUGGUUAAUGAGGCUUAUUGAAGGAAGCUGGCUUAAGCAGGUGAAGAGGCCAAAUCAAAGACAAAGAAGAAGAAGAAGAAGAAGAAGAAGCUAG